AAGAAAAACAACCAGGGUAUCGUAGGGGGCAGAAUCCAAGAUUCGCGAACCCCUCGAUCAUUUUUUGAACACUUCAUCCCCUAAACUCACAAACUGCAUUUCGGCUUUUCUGUAUCUGCUGUGCGGUUUGACUACAUAGCCAUGGCGCAACGUUUCGGCGCUUCGUCGCUUCAUCAGCGUGACUCGCGCAGCGCUCUCUUCGAGGGAUACAAUGGCGACGCAGCCUCGCGACGACCUGUCAGCGCAAGCCCCAACCGAGGAUAUGGCUACGGCGGAUACGGCGCUCCUUCUCCCUCCCCCCUAGGACAUGGUGGCUUCGACAGUUCAAGGCCCGCUCCGUUUCGCUCUGCGACGCCGAACAAGAGGGGCCAGUAUAGCGAUGCGGUUCUCAACGAGCUUGAGAGCCAGAACGAUGCACAGGUGGAGGGUAUUCUGGGCAAGGUCAAGGUACUCAAGGAUAUGACGGUCGCUAUCGGAGACGAGAUUCGCGAGUCCUCAGCGUUGGCGGAGAAAAUGAACGAUACUUUCGACUCAACUCGCUUGCGUCUCAGGGGCACUAUGAACCGCAUGCUCGUCAUGGCUCAGCGCACUGGUGUGGGUUGGAAGGUCUGGCUUAUCUUUUUCGCCGCCGUCAUCAUGCUCUUCAUGUAUGUGUGGCUAUUUUGAUCGAGCAAACCUUGGUCACACGACGAGACUCAACGAUCAACUUGAGACGGUUCUGAAGAGACUGUUUAGUUGCGAAAAAGUAGGAGUGAAAAGAGGCUGUAUUAUCUGGAUUGUGGGAUGGCGUUUGGCUGGGCGUUCUGACAUUUACAACUACUGCAUGAUAAUUCGGGAUCUGGAAGAAGCAUCGCAUCGCAUCACCGCAAUGACCAAAAGUUGCCCCUCUUACAAAGAUUGUAAUCAUACACAC